AACCUUAUCAUGGACUCUCUUGAAGGAUCUAGCUUUGAUGUCCUGAUCUCAGGAACAGGCAUCCAGCAGUCCUUGCUUGCUCUUGCUCUCUCGCGCUCUGGCAAGAAGAUCUUGCAUGUCGACAAGGAUGACACCUACGGCGGUCCCGAAGCUGUCUUGAGUCUUCAAGAAGCCGAGCAGUGGGCUGAAAAACUCGAUUCUGCAACGCAAUCUAGAUUCAGCAAUGCCUCGAUCGCCAAGUCGGAGGGAGAUAAGAAACUCUCUCCCUCUCGCGCAUACAACUUGUCGUUGGCGCCGACUCUGGUCUAUACUCGCUCCGGCCUGCUGCCCAUCCUAGUGUCAUCGAACACCCACCAGCAACUUGAGUUCAUGGCUGUUGGUGGAUGGUUCGUCUAUGAAAAGCAGGAAGAUGGCACGCGCCUAGCCCGUGUGCCCAACGGACGCGAAGACAUUUUUGCUGACCCUUCACUCACCUUGAAGAUGAAGGGUCAGUUGAUGAAAUUCCUCCGAUUCGUCGUCGCGUUUGAGGAAAAGCCUGAAACAUGGGAACCUCACCGCAACACACCUUUCGCCGACUUCUUAUCUGAACAGUUUGGUCUGCCUGCUGUCGACACUCUCAUGGCUCUCUGCCUCAGUCUUGAAGUACCGGAAAAGACGACUACCGAGUUUGCACUACCUCGCAUAGCUCGCCACCUUCGUUCCAUCGGCGUCUUUGGUCCCGGCUUCGGUGCUGUCAUCCCCAAGUGGGGUGGUCUUUCAGAGGUUGUCCAGGUCGCCUGCAGAGCUUGUGCCGUUGGUGGUGGCAUCUAUGUUCUUGGACAAGGCAUCUCUACCAUCGAGCCUGCUCAAUCUGAAGAGGAUGAUGUCGAGGAGAUCCCAAGAGAGCCAGAGAAGCCCGAUGUCUCUCAAGAUAUCCACAACUUGAUCACUGAAGGCGAAGGCUUUGUCGACACGAAUCCGGAUAGUCUUGAUGAGCUUGAAUCUGGUAUCAAGGAGCAGUCUUUGGAUGACCUCCUCGCUGCAGCUGGAUACAGUAUCGCAGGUGUUGAGGAAGGAAAGCCCGCCCUUGCUGCUGCGGAACCUGUUGAAAAACAGACUACUUUCGCUGUGCCUUCUGAAAAGAAGUCAUUGUACACUGUCCAGCUCAGCAAUGGAGAGAAAGUAUCUGCGCAGUAUAUCAUCGGCUGCUCAGACGAUCUGCCUGGAUCUCUUCCUGCAACAACAAUCGGCACAAAGGUUUCAGGUGCUCAACCUGAGGCCGCUUCAAGGAGCGUUACCAUCAUCUCAUCACCAAUGCAACACCUGUUCGUCACUGUUGCUGAGGGUGGUGUCGCUCCUGCAGGUGCUGUUGUGGUCUUCCCAACUGGCUGUCUCUCCAGCCCAGACCACCCACCUGUUCAUAUUAUGGUUCACUCCAGUGACACAGGCGAAUGCCCACAAGGUCAAUGCAUCGCAUAUGCAAGCACUGCACUCACCGGUCAACAAGGCCAGGACCUUCUUGCUGAAGCUGUCAAGUCACUUCUCGCGGCCCAUGAUGGUGAAGCUCAAGCUCUGUGGUCGCUCAGCUACCAACAGUAUGCCCAGGCACUAGCACCCUCAACCGAGACGUCUCAGUCCAACAUUCUUAAGUUCCAGGAUCCGCCAUUGGACUUUGUGUUCGAUGAUGCGAUCAUCGAGAACGUCCAGGCCGCCUGGCAGAAGAUCUUGCCUGGAGCUGAUGACUUUAUGGUCUUCAGGGAGAGGGGUGAUGAUGCCGAGGAAGAGGCUGAGGACGAGGACGAGGAGUAAUGAACGAUGGAUAUAGACUUGCUAUACUACAUGAAUGCUACGAUUGCAGAACAAGUAUAUUGUAUCCUUGCCAACACCUCCUUAAGCGGUUUCAUGCGCCAUACGUGCUUCUGACGAGAAACUGACAUGCCCAUAUGGUGUCAAAUACCCCACAUGACGUAGUUGCUUCGUUCCUGCAUCACCGUUAAAUAUCUCUCCGGAAAUGCCGCC